CGACACCGCGAUGCCUGACAAAAGAAUCCUUUCUUGCAGGCCGGCCCCGGCUGCGGCCAGGUCAUCUCAUCGCUUUGCUGACGCUCUGCCGCAAGGGUGAGUGCCUGGAAAGCCCAUUUACACUCCCCUACAUUCCGUGCUUCACCUUGUUCUUGGUCCUUUCUUGACUGUCGCGAAAUCCUCCGCAAUAGCGCUCGGUUGCCCGCAAACCUGCGCACCUCUUAAGACGGCUCGCCAAUGCGUUAAUGCUAAGACGCCGUCUGAUUUGUACCAAGGCGCCAAGUCGUGCUCGUCCCAAAAGCUCAUAUACAGCGCGCCCGUCAUCUUCGGACGGCAGUCUGGUACUCACGCCUAACCCCGGAAUAACUACCCUUGGAUACCUCCAGCCCACCUAAUCCACCCCGAACGCCUGUCAUCUUCAUCGUCGACAAUGGUUGCCCACGAAGGUCACGACGUGACCAUGGACAUGGAGGGCAUGGAUAUGAGCAGCAUGGACUCCACGUCCAUGACGAUGCACAUGGCUUUCUUCACGGCGACCAACACACCCCUCUACUCCACGUCUUGGACACCAUCGAGCGCUGGCGCCUACGCUGGAACCUGCAUCUUCCUCAUCAUUCUCGCCAUCAUACUCCGGUCGCUCUUUACCGCCAAAUCCUACCUCGAGGCCAGGGCCAUCAAAUCAGCCCUCAAGCGGAGAUACGUCGUCGUGGCCGACCAGCAGACGCCCCAUGAGAAGGCUUUCAAUGAUUCUGGUUCAGCAACUGGUAUUCUUACUGCGAACGGAGUGCAAGAGAACGUGCGGGUGGUCGAAGCACCUGUCCAUGUCAUAGCGCCGUGGAGAUUCAGCGUCGACCUUCCCCGAGCGGCUAUCAUGACGGCUGUUGCUGGUGUGGGAUACCUUCUCAUGCUGGCAGUCAUGACCUACAACGUCGGCUAUUUCCUUUCUAUCCUGGCGGGCACCUUUGUCGGAGAAUUGGCAUUCGGCCGCUUCAAUCAAGUGCAAUCAGCGAUCCACUAAUUCAGGAGAUAUCGGAUGAAGGGCAUUAUGGUGACUUUAUAGCUCAAGACCUUAGCGUAUUUUUUUGGGAGUCUUUCAAAGG